UUCCAACCGGCUCUCAGGAGCCUCAGCUGGGAUGACUACUUUAUGGCUCUGGCGUUCCUAUCUGCGGAGCGCUCCAAGGACCCCAACAAGCAGGUAGGCGCCGUCAUUGUAAACGUCGACAACAUCAUCUUGGCCAUCGGCUACAACGGCUUUCCUCGCGGUUGCUGUGACAGCGACCUCCCUUGGGCCAAGGAGGCUCUUAGCUCCGACGGCAACCCGGACCCGCUGGCCACCAAGUACCCCUACGUGGUCCACGCGGAGGCCAACGCGUUGCUCAACAAAAAUGCAGCCAGUGUGGCCGGGGCGCGCGUUUACGUGACUAUGUUCCCCUGCAACGAGUGCGCCAAGUUGCUAAUCCAGGCGGGUGUGCGGGAGGUAGUCUAUCAUGAGGACAAGGUACUGCAUUUGGAGGGAGGAAGCCGUCGUAACGGCUCAGAGGCUGACGGUGUGGGUCAGGCGGCGACGGCGGCAGCAGCCGUGGCGGCUCCGCCAGCCUCUGCCGGACAGAAACAGCGGGAGCGGCGCCUGCGGAUGGAACGGCAACACGACAUGCAGCAGCAGCAAGGGGAGGCGCUCUCCGGUACCGCCGGCACCCCAUCUGCCGUACUGACGCCCUGCACCCCGCUGUACGACGAUGAGGACGACGAUGACGAUGAAGGAGAAGAGGAAGAAGAAGAAGAAGCGGACGGAAAGGCGGCAUGGAGUGCGGCACAGCAGCACCACAUACGCCAGUUGACGCCGGACAGUAGCGCCCGCAGAGCUUCGCUGGCGUCGCUUGCUACACCGGCCUCGCCCGCCGCCACGGCGGCGGCCGUUGCAGGAUCUCCGCCGGGGAAUCUGCCGACGCGGACACCUGCAUCAGCGGCGAGCCGGGACGCCCUUCC